GUCCGCACUAGAGUCACACAGUCUCUCACACACUCUAGAACCUUGAUUUCGUUAACGGUCAAAUUCCGGUAAGGGGCCAAGAGCAAACGGAGCAAGCUGACCCAUCGCCAUGGCCUCGUGCGCCACCGCCUUCCUCUGCAACCACGCCGCCGCAUUAACCUCACCUUACUCGCCUCGGAAGACCAGAACCAGCGCAAGAAGCCUCCGGAGCUCUCUCAGACCAACCACCAUAACCGCCAAGCAGGACCAGAAGACGGCGUUGCAGUACCGGAAGCUCGGCGACUCGGACCUCGAAAUUAGCGAAAUUACUCUGGGCACAAUGACGUUCGGUCAGCAAACCUCGGAGAAAGAAGCGCACGAGAUUCUCGGCUACGCUUUCGACAAUGGGAUCAACAUUUUGGACACUGCUGAAGCCUACCCGAUUCCAAUGAAGAAGGAGACGCAGGGAUUGACUGACCUCUACAUUGCCAGCUGGCUAAAGUCUCAGCCCCGCGAGAAGAUUGUUUUGGCAACAAAAGUAUGUGGGUAUUCAGAGAGGUCUAGUUAUCUGCGUGACAAUGCAAAGGUCCUGAGGGUGGAUGCUGCAAAUAUUAGAGAGAGUGUAGAGAAAAGCCUUAAGAGACUCGGCACAGAUUACAUUGAUCUAUUGCAAAUUCAUUGGCCAGAUCGCUAUGUUGCACUAUUUGGUGAGUAUUGUUAUGAUCCUUCCAAAUGGAGGCCAAGCGUACCAUUUGUGGAGCAACUGAAGGCUCUUCAAGAAGUUGUGGAUGAAGGAAAGGUACGUUAUAUUGGUGUUUCCAAUGAGACUUCAUACGGAGUGAUGGAGUUCGUACAUACUGCCAAAGUUGAAGGACUACCAAAGAUCGUCAGUAUCCAAAACAAUUACAGUCUGCUUGUUAGAACUCAUUUUGAAAUUGAUCUUGUUGAAGUUUGCCUCCCACAACAUCACAACAUUGGCUUACUAGCUUAUUCUCCACUUUCUGGUGGAGCUCUGACCGGAAAAUACAUUGAUAGCAAUUCCGAUGCUGCAAGAAAAGGGAGGUUGAAUCUCUUCCCAGGCUACAUGGAAAGAUAUAACAAAUCCAUUGCCAGGGAAGCAACAAUAAAGUACAUCGAACUUGCCAAAAAACACGGGCUGACUCCAGUUCAGCUUGCACUUGGAUUUGCAAGGGAUCGUCCAUUCAUCACCAGUUCUAUCAUUGGCGCAACUUCUGUCAACCAACUGAAAGAGGACAUUGAUGCUUUUCUGUCAACCGAGAGGCCUUUACCAGCAGAACUUGCGGCUGAUAUCGAAGAUAUUUACAAGAGAUACCGAGAUCCCACUCUUUUUUGAAAAAUAGUAUCCUAGAAAAGUGUAAUUAUCAUUGUUUAUGGUUUUAUAUGUAGAUCAAAGGUCAAUGAUAUUGAUCUCCCUUGUUUUACCUGGGGAAUGUUGAUGUUCCAAUGAGCAACUAAGCAUCACGUUGUCGAAUUAAGCUUCAUCCUACUGUACAGGAUUGUUUUGUAUCUAUGACCUCUUGUUGUCCUUCCGUUUUCUCUAUAUUGAAUACAACUUUAGUCCAA